UCUUGUUAUGGACGAUUGAUUUAGAAAUAAAUGUCAAUUGAUCGAAAUGAAAUCGAAAAUUUUGCUCUUUAUUGUACAUUUUUGGGCAAUAUACCUCUUGAAAGAUUUAGGUGAAUGUAAAAAGCUAAAAUGCAAAUGUUCACCGUUAUAUUGCCCCAAACAUGUUAACUUAACCUGCGAGACGGAUGGAAAUUGUUUCAGCCAGAUCAAUAUAGAUGAACACACAAAGGAAAUUGAAAAGCACUAUGGAUGUUUACCAGAAGAACCAAGCGGACCUGUGGCGAUAUUUCAUUGCAAGCGAGGACCAACGCGCAAGCUUGAGGAAACAAAUUCUGUUUCGUGCUGUUAUGAUCGAGAUUUUUGCAAUGAAGAGUUAAAACCUACCUUACGAACACCACAAACACAACCAAGUCCUGCACGAGUCACAAAAACAAACAAAGUUAUCAUUGCUUUGAUCAUUUCUCUUUCCAUUUGUUUUGUCAUCUUCAUUGCUACGGUUAUCUGGUGUUGUUGCAGAAAAGAAAAUUAUGAGACAUAUCGUCAGAUUAACAUCAAAGGAAGACACAUUGUGUCAAACCAGCAAACAAUUCAUCAGCUGUUUGAAGAGACUGGCGGUAGUGAUUUUGGUCUGCCAAAACUGAUUCAACGCACAAUUGCAAGACAAGUUCAGUUAACGAAGCUAAUUCAUACAGGUCAAUUCAGCCGUGUUUACGAAGCCCUAUGGCGUAACGACAAGGUUGCUGUGCGCUUGUAUCCCUCCCGUGACGAGGCUGUAUGGCUUAAAGAAUGUGAAUUCUACGAUAACAUGAGACGACAUGAUAAUAUCCUUGCUUUCAUUGCAUCGGAUCGUCUCGGAGCACCUUCGGCAACCGAACUGUACUUAAUCACAGAGUAUUGCCCUCACGGAUCCCUGUAUGACUAUCUUCGCUCCCAGCAUAGUCUGACAAAGAAAGAUAUGUUACGAUUAUCAAGUUCCAUCGCUUCUGGUCUGGCCUAUCUCCACAACCCCAUAACAGGAACAUACAGAAAAUGCGAGAUCGCCCAUCGUAAUUUAACAUCAAAAGGAAUAUUUGUCAAAAAGGGCGGGGUUUGCGCCAUAGGGCAUUUCGCCCUGGCCUUAAAAUCCGCCUCCGAAUUCACCGAAAAAGAAGCAGAGAAGAAUCCGAAGCAACCGGUGAAAAGAUACCUUGCACCGGAGUUAUUGGAUCGGAGUUUGGUUCCUGGGAAUUGUGCUCAUAUCGCUUUGGUUAAAGCAGAUGUUUAUUCUCUCGGUUUAGUUUUAUGGGAAAUCGCGUUCAGAACGCAAUCUGAGGGUAUUCAAGAACCAAGUCAACUGCCGUAUCAAGAUAUGGUGAGCCUUAACCCAAGUUUGGAAGAGAUGCGUAAAGUUGUUUGUGUGGAUAGAAAACGACCGCCGAUUUUAAAUCGAUGGUACCGAGACGAAGUGAUGAGAAGAACAAGUCGUGUGAUUGAAGAGUGUUGGCAUCACAGUCCUGAUGCAAGGCUCACAGCGUUACGGGUGCAGAAAACAUUGACGAAAUUAGAUGAAUUAUUAACAGAUGAGAUUGAAAUACAGGUUGUCUAGACUCUCUUAUGAAAUCUCAGUGUGUACUCUGCUAACUCUGGCCACCAAAGUGUGCAAUGGAUAUGAAAGACACGUUUCACCUUAGUUGUGUUGUAGAAGAUGACAUUAUAAAUGCUAUGUGGGGUGUCAAAACUACGGUUAAGAAAGCACUAAGUUAUAUACUACCCCCUUAGCCAACAUUUUCCCGAUGAGUUGGACAGGCGAGAUCCUGAAAACUUGAUAGUUUUUAUUCGUUCAAGUGUUUCGUUUUAAAUUGUGUGAGAGAGAACUCAGAACUUAGUAUAGUUGCUCGGUUCCAAUUUUAAUAUUUGCAAAGCACUUUAUCUCAUAUCUGCACAUAUCUCAUGUAAAAUACUCUUAACAUUGCAAGAUUCUCAUACCCAGUGUCUUCUUUCGCUCGUGCAAGGGCGCGCGACCCUGGAUUCGAGAAUGGCAUUAGACUAGCAAAUUAUAUAUCUUAUCAUAUAAACAUAUUUUUAUAUAUAUUGUGUAAUAGUGUAUUUACCUAACACUGUGAAUGUUUAUCAAUUGAUAUUGUUGUUUAAUAAUCAUGAUAUAUCAACUGUUGA